GCUCCGCCCCAAUGCAAACUCGCUCUUCGCGUUCAUUUCAUUCCUGUUCUCAUUCCGAGCAUUCUUCGCAUCUCUGUCCGUGCGCUGUCGAUUCACGUACACAUAUCCGGCUGGCCCAGAAACACAACAAUAACUUUACACAGUUUACAAAAAAUAUAAUAUCCCACGUUAGACAAACAAAGGGGGACGAAUUGUAUUACAAAUAACAAUAACGGAGGUGUUUGAGUUGGCUCACCCGGGAGUUGGAGAUUUCAGUGGAACAUUUUCGGAGCAGUGCAAAAACAUUCUGCUGAAAGACUUGUUGCUCCAACACCUUUGGUCGUGUAUUUUAUCCAUCGUCCCUUGAAGUCACUAUCUCUCCCUACAGUGCUCCAGGCUUCGGCUUGGAGAUCCCAAGCUCCACCAUGGACCCCAGCAGCUGGAGCGGCAGCGAGAGCCCUGCCGAGGACAUGGAGAGGAUGAGCGACUCGGCAGACAAGCCACUGGACAAUGACGCCGAGGGGGUGUGGAGCCCCGACAUCGAGCAGAGCUUUCAGGAGGCGCUGGCCAUCUAUCCCCCCUGUGGGCGCAGGAAGAUCAUUCUAUCUGACGAGGGAAAGAUGUACGGUCGGAAUGAGCUGAUAGCCCGAUACAUCAAGCUUCGGACUGGAAAGACGAGGACGAGGAAGCAGGUGUCUAGUCACAUACAGGUCUUAGCAAGAAAGAAAGUUCGAGAAAUCUCAGCUGCCAUCAAGGUGUCUAGUCACAUUCAGGUUCUUGCCAGAAGGAAAUCUCGUGAGUUUCAUUCCAAGCUAAAGGUUACAAGCAUGGAUCAGACCGUGAAGGACAAAGCCCUCCAAAGCAUGGCCUCCAUGUCCUCGGCUCAGAUCGUCUCUGCUACCGCCAUCCACAACAAGCUGGGCCUGCCAGGCAUCCCGCGCCCAGCCUUCCCCGGAGCGGCAGGGUUUUGGCAGGGCAUGAUAUCGACAGCCCAACCUGGAUCAUCCCAAGACAUCAAGCCGUUCACCCAACAAGCAUAUCCCAUCCAGCCAGGAGUAACAACAACGAUUUCCAGCUAUGAGCCCACGUCAGCCCCAGCCCCCACAGUCCCAGCGUGGCAUGGCCGCUCCAUCGGGACAUCCAAGCUCCGGCUGGUGGAGUUCUCUGCCUUCCUGGAGCAGCAGAGAGACCAAGACUCAUACAACAAGCACCUCUUUGUGCACAUCGGACAGACGAACCACUCCUACAGCGAUGCCUUGCUGGAGUCAGUGGACAUUCGUCAGAUUUAUGAUAAAUUCCCUGAAAAGAAAGGAGGACUGAAGGAGCUCUUUGGCAAGGGUCCCCAGAAUUCCUUCUUCCUCAUAAAAUUUUGGGCUGACUUGAACUGCAACAUUCAGGAUGAAGCGGGGGCUUUCUAUGGAGUGACCAGUCAGUAUGAGAGCUCCGAGAACAUGACAAUCACCUGCUCAACUAAGGUGUGCUCCUUUGGCAAGCAGGUGGUCGAGAAGGUGGAGACGGAGUAUGCCCGGUUUGAGAACGGACGCUUUGUGUACAGGAUAAGCCGGUCUCCCAUGUGUGAAUACAUGAUCAACUUUAUCCACAAGCUCAAACACCUGCCUGAAAAAUACAUGAUGAACAGUGUCCUGGAGAACUUCACCAUUCUAUUGGUGGUGACGAACAGGGACACACAGGAGACUCUGCUGUGUAUGGCGUGUGUGUUCGAGGUGUCGAACAGCGAGCACGGUGCGCAGCAUCAUAUCUACCGAUUGGUGAAGGAAUGAGACUCCUGAACCCCCUGAAUCCUCCCUUUACAUAGACUAAAGAACCUCAAAACAAAGUGACAGUGCCUCUAGCUGAAAAUCACACAUGCACUGCUUUUCGGUCACAUUUUGGGCGAGGCCUAUUGUCAUUAAUUUCUUUGUAUAUUAAUGUAUGUAUUUGAUGUUUGACUGCAGCUGUGAAUUGCGGUACAGUUGUUCUAUGUUUUGAUACAGGAUAAAUUCUUCAUUUUAAGGAUGGCAAGUCAAUCUUUGUUUGUAGGAUGUACAUAUAAAAGAGGCAGUAUGUAAGGAAUCAGUUGGUUGGGUUUAAUUUGGUCAGCAGACAUUAUGUGUGUGUUGUCUUCUUCCGCUUUGAUCUUGUAAUGUACACUUAGAAAACACUAGGAAGAUGUUGUCUGUUCCCCAUGGGUCCUGUAAACUACAUGUAUAUCUGUAGUUGAUUUGUGAGCAUAUAGGUCACAGGAGGUUGGUGCCACCUUAAUUGGGGAGGACGGGCUCGUGGUAACGACUGGAGUGGAAUCAGUGGAAUGGUAUCAAAUACAUCGAACACACUGUUUCCAGGUGUUUGAUGUAAUUCCAUUUUCUCCGUUCCAACCAUUAUUAUGAGCCGUCCUCCCUUCAGCAGCCUCCUGUGGUGUAGAUAUACAAACCGUACAUACACACUUGACCAAUGGGUUUUCCAAAGAAAAGCAUUUUUAAAAACAUUUUGGGGAUAAUAAAAUUGCUACACGAAAGUUAGUCGAAGGCAGGUGAUUGUGGGCGUCAUGAUAGUGAAGUUAUUGCUUUACAAAAACAUCUGUUUCUUUCAGGGAAAUAAGAUACCGAUCCCUCUGGACAAUCCACGGUCUUAGACACUAACAGCAGAAUGAAUGCACUGUGAUUACACUACAGACACCUAGUUCAACCUGUGUCUCUGCCUCAGACAGGGCUUACAAGUCUUACAUUGCAAUAAGGAAUCCAAACAUCUGUCCUGUUCCAGUGUCCGACGGAGUCAUUAAAAUGGAUUUGAUUCUAAAAACCAUGAAAGCACUACUUUAGCUACUCUGAGUGGACUGCCACCUUGUCCUAAGCACUUGGUUCCCCUUCUAGGACAUGCCAAUUUUAACUUUUACCUUUUUCUUUUAGAUGUGUGAUUUAAGGUUUUAGGAUAUCCUGAAAUAACCAUGAGAAAAUGGAUCACUUCUUAGACAGCGGGCUGUGUUCAGUAUGCAGUUUCAUUGCCUCUAAACAGAUGAUGCAUUUUUUUCUGGCCAUUGCAGUGUUAUUUCUACUAAGUUCUAGCCGAUGUCGCUGCCUUUACGUUCACACCACCCCAUGAAUCUGUGGCCUACACCAAUUCCGAGCCUUAAAACAUGUUACGGACGUGUGAAUUUCAAAAGAUGCCACUAAAGCUGUGAUCUCUUUCCUAAGCUGGGUGACUCAUUUUCACAUUUUGUAGGAAUUCUACUACAGUACAAUCUGCCAAAGUGUAACAGUGUACAGUGCCUUAUUGUAUGGUGUCAAACUGGCCUUGGUUCACUUUUAAGAAUGUAUUUUGUUUUUAACACGCACAAAAAAAUAUAUUAAAUCACUCACCAAUAUACAUAUUGGUACAAAAUUUUACCACACACACACACACACACACACACACACACACACACACACACACACACACACACACACACACACACACACACACACACACACACACACACACACACACACACACACACACGAGUUAAACGGAGUUACUUUUUAACAUAAAUAAGAACUGACUUUGCCUUUCCUGUUCUGAAAGACCAAAAAUACAGAGAUACAUACGAUCUCUAGACAUGUCCUGCACUGUAGCAUGGAAGUGCCUUUGGUUUAGAAUCUCCAGCAAUGAAAAUACUAAAUAUUCUGAAUUAAGUGUUGCUAAACCAAAAAGAGAUGUAAUGACACCAAUCACCACAUUGCCUUGUUGAAGGUUUGUACUAGAUGACAAGGGACAGUGAGUGAGUCGAUCCAUGGUGAAAUAAAUGAUAUAUUAAUAUAAUUUGGUUUUAAGAAAUGAUCUGUUAAGAAGAGUACCUGUACUAUACAUGUGUGUAAAGUUAUAGUCUGUGAAAGGCCUGUUUGACCAGACAGCAACUGAUAGAAUGGAGGAUGGUGACUCAUUCCAGCAGCUGUGAAGUCACAUAGGCUUACAACUUUACCUUAAGAAGAGAUACAUGUUUUCUGAUUCUUACUAAAUUAUUUAUGGGAACGUCUUAUUCUGAGUCAUAGCAGAAAAUGUUUCUGGUGGAUACAGACAAAGUUGGUUCAAUUGCUCAGUAUUUUUGCUACAGCCCUAUGGAGACUGGAGUUCAGUAGGCAUAUAUAUUUUUUCUUUGUUGACUGUUUUAUCUCCCUUUUUUCCCUGUGUACUAGUUCACGUUAAUGAAUAACUUACUGAGGUGUUCCUGUUUUAUUGUUCUACAUGUAUAUGAUGGUUUGUGAUUACAUUUUGGGUAUAUUCCAAGCCCCAAGAGGGUGGUGAUGCUGUUACUGCUACACUGCUGGUACAUUUGACAUGUGAGUUCCAAGCUGGAACAGCUGACUGUACCUCCCAUUUCUCUGGGGACCAGAAGACUGUUGCCUUUGAUCAGAUGAAUUGUCUAGAGGACAUUCUGAAUAAAAUGGACAUAAAGCAUGGAUGUCUAGAGGACACUCUGAAUAAAAUGGACAUAAAGCAUGGAUGUGUAACAGAAUCUCCACACAAUCAUAUCAGCAGUUUAGCUCUUGUUGUUAUUUGUUUGUAAUUUUGUCUAAAUGUAGGUACUGGUACCUUUUUUGUUGGUUAUUACUAUUUUAAGAUGUUGGCUUUAAAGUGAACUUUUAAAUAGUUCAGAUAGUAUCAUAAAAACAACUAUUGGGUUUGUGUGCAGAGAUUUUUUUUUGUAAAAAGGUGCUUUGUAUAAAAUGAUAUAUCCUGGCUUUUCUUGGUACAGAAGUGUGAUAUCUUUUCAUAUCCAUGACAGUAAAGCGUUGGAGCAAGGGACAGAAAAUAAAAUAAAACCUGCUAUGUGUAUGUGUUCUCUACUGCAUAUGGUCUUGUCUUUGCUCCGUAACAUUUUGAUGCCUUCUUGAUAAAGUGGUCGAUAUUUUGUAGCUUUCUAGAUACUUUGUAUGUAUACAAUAUUGAAGUUAAAUAAAUCUGGAAAAAUAUGGUC